GAGACGCCGGCGAAGGAAGGUGUUUGCAGAUCCUCUCUCGCGAAAACCUCUAAGAUGAAGUUCAUUUUAGCUCUUUCUAUGCUCUGCUUGGCAUCGGGGGCUGUCGUUAAAGCAGCUGAGGUGCUAAGGCCGAGAGGAGUGGCCUUAUCGAAAGCUUCUUUUUAUGACCCAACAAGAGACUUCAACUGCUUAGAUGGAUCAGGAACAAUCCCUUUUGCGUAUGUUAAUGACGACUACUGUGACUGUCAGGAUGGCAGUGAUGAACCUGGUACAUCAGCUUGUCCCAAUGGAUUCUUUCACUGCACAAAUGUUGGCCACUCCCCCCUCAACAUCCCAUCAUCCAGAGUAAAUGAUGGUGUUUGCGACUGCUGUGAUGCAUCGGAUGAGUAUGCCUCGGUCUCCAAUUGUGUUGACACGUGUCGAGAGCUUGGCCGCGCAGCCCGGGAGGAAGCUGCCAAGCAACAAGAGGAGAGACUGAAAGGCUUCCAGAUGCGGCAGUCGAUGAUAGAAGAAGGCCGUAAACGAAAGAAGGAAGCUGAGGUGAAAAUAGAUGAGCUCAAGAAAGAGAGAGAGGAAGCAGAAGCCGCCCGAAAUGAGAAGGAGGAAAUCAAGAAGCUUGUUGAGGAGCCUGAGAAGGAGGCCCUGGAGAAAUACAAUGCCAUUGAGCAGGAAAGAAAGGCCAAGGCUGACGCAGAACAGAAGGCCAAGGAGGAAGCUGAAGCCCGAGAGGCAUUUGCUCACCUGGACAAUGACGGAGAUGGAAUUUUGACAGUCGCUGAACUCCAGUCUCGGCAGACCUUUGAUACAAACAGAGAUGGAGAGGUGACUGCUGAGGAAGCCAAGUUCUACCUACGGCAAGAGGAAACCAUGGACUUAGAAACCUUCCUGGUGUCCGGGUGGCCCAUGAUGCGACCCACAUACAAGAUGGACCAGAGGAUGUUUGUACCUCCCACCACUGAGGCACCAGCAGAGGCACUAACCCCACCUCCUGUUCCUGGAUCUGAGGGCAAGGAUGAACAGCAAGGAGAGGAGGAUGAACAUUUCGAUGAUGAGGACUUUGACACUGGCCUGGACCCUGAGGAUGAAGGUGAUAUGGAAGAGGAUGAUGGAAUCGAAGAUUAUGAUCUCCCUGAGGAUGAUGAUGCUGAAGACAUACCAAAGGAGGAGGAGGAGGAAGAGAUCGACCAGAAAUAUGAUGAAGAAACACAAAAGCUUGUUGACGCUGCCAAUAAGGCCAGAGAAGACUUCGAUGAGGCUGACAGGAGAGUGAGGGACUUAACAAGGGAGUUGCGCUCGCUGGAGGAGACUCAAGAAAAAGAUUAUGGUCCUGAGGAGGAAUUUAGAGUUAUGGAUGGAGACUGUUAUGAAUACACAGACAGGGAAUAUACGUACCGUCUCUGUCCGUUCGAUAAGGCCGUACAAAAGCCCAAGUCCGGCCAUGGGGAAAUUCGACUUGGCCAGUGGGGUGAAUGGUCAGGCCCAGAGGAGGAUAAAUAUAGCAGAAUGAAAUAUACCAGCGGACAGACUUGCUGGAACGGGCCUGCGAGAUCAGCAGAUGUCCACAUAUAUUGUGGUGUGGAAACCAAGUUGACAGGAGUAACGGAGCCAAACAGAUGCGAAUACCUCUUUGAGAUGACCACACCAGCUGUGUGUACUAAACCUGAAGACAUUAGUGGCGACGAGGGCACUCCACACGGCCACACAGAGUUGUAGAAAAUGAGUGCAUCUGGGAAAUUUAGAUUUAUUUUAUUACAUGGUUUACUCUUUUUUUUUUUUCAUACAUGUAGCUCAAAUGUUUUAAGUAAUCUUAAUUUCCCUUGUAAGCAUAAUCUAAGUUUUCAGGUUUUUAAAAAUAAGAAUGUUAAUGAGCAUAUGAGCUCAAGUGGGUAUGAAAAUUUUCAUAUUAGCUCAGGACCAGUGAUUUCUUUGACUUAUCACAUAUAUCCUUGGUUUAUCAGAAUAUUGUCCAAUGACUUUGUUGCAUUGCGACUGCCUUAAGCAGGAUGCAAUAUAUUGGUAAUCAUUUGUGAAAUUUUAUGGGUUUGGGUGAUUGCCUGUACAUUAUCUUUUGGCAAAAAUAUCAGCUAAAUUUGAUUAGGAUGCCAAUUAUUGAGAAGAUCUUAUUAUCACAGCAUAAAGCAUAUGUAAUUGGUUAUUUGCUUAACAAAAUAAGACAUAAAAUUGAGUUCAUUUAUAUAAUCUAAAACAUUUCAAACUGAACUUAGUUAUCUGUUCUCUAGCUUGUCGAAAAGAGUCACAUGCGGAAUGCUGGCCUGAAAUACAUGCCUUUUUUAAACAUAGGUCAGUAAAUCCAUAUAGAAUGAUGUCUGUGGCUGUGAUAUGUCGUCAGCAGAUUCUGUCCCAGUAGAAUAAAAGUUGAUUGUUUUUUUUGCAGCAUUACACGGAAGAAAAGAACAGAGGUGUGUCUCUGAGAUAUAUCACUUUGGGCUAUGUAUGUUUCACUUGUGUUGAUGGAUGAAUUUCACAGCAUCAGGUCAGUGAUAGGAUGUUGAUGUUAUUGUUGAUUACACACACAGAAUUACACCAAGCAUUCCUUUAACGUUUUUACACCAAUUGGCACAUUUGUGAAGAACAUUAAACAUCAUUGACCAGAAUAUACUAGUGGUUCGUGUAUGAAUUUUGUGUAUGUUAAACAGGAUACUUGUACCAGUGAGAUAGUACAAAUGAAUGGAAAUGGUUUAGGGAGACAGGGCCAGAAGAAAAAUAAUUCCAGUGUUGACUUUCCCUCAAAUAUCUUUUGUUUCCUCAAUUUUGCCUAUUUAUACCUUCUUACUCGUUUCUCCUCUCUUUUCAUCUAUUGGUUUGUUUAAUUUCCUCAUGUCUGUUUCCUCUCUGUUCCCCUAAUGUUAUAUUCUCAUGUUUUUUUCAUUUUUUGUUUUUGUGAUCUCCCUUGCACUGUUUGCAGGAUUUGCUCAGAGCCUUAGAUUAACAAGGUAAAUAUUUUCGCAUGAGCCAGAAUGUAGGGGAAAAGGUAAGAAUGCUUUUGAAAAAAAAUUAAAAAAAAAGUGAAAAAUUGGUUACCCUCUAAAUUGUUUCCUUUCCAUUUGUAAAACAAGAAAUGUUUAUUCAAGAAUUUGUUAACAGUAUCACACUGCAGUGAAAAGUCCUUGAUGAGAAUUUUUACCUAAUAUAAAUGAACACCGGUUAUGUAAUCAGCCCAUACUUGUUUGAUUGAGAGUCCAAGAUAAUGGGGCAACUGCAAUCUCAACAUUCCUCUCAGAAUAUUCUUGAUAUUUGUCAGUUGUGGUUAAUAAAAUUUUGUAAAGAU